AUGGCUGCCGAAAACAUCAUCCUAUACCACUACGCCUACUCACCAUACGCCCGCCGAGUGUCGUGGUAUCUCACCCUUCGCGGCAUUCCCCACGCACAAUGUGUCCAACCGCCAACAAUGCCUCGCCCAGACAUAUCCCGCCUCGGCAUCUCCUAUAGACGCAUCCCCAUCCUCUCCAUCGGCAAAGACGUCUACCUCGACACGCGCCUCCAGCUCAUCAAACUCGAAGCCCUCGACAUCCCCAACCCUCCCCUCAGCGCAAGCCAGCCAGACCAGCGUGCCAUCCAGCGUCUCCUCUCAACCCUCAUGACCGACGCCGGCGUCUUCGGCUGGGCAGCCUCCCUCCUCCCCAGCGACCUCCCGCUCCUCAAAAACCCAACCUUCCAAAAGGACCGCGCCGAAUUCUUCGGCUCCCAACCCAAACCUGACCCCAAGCACGUCGCCCUCCGCGAAGUCGCCUCCGUCUUCCACUUCCUCGAGACCACCCUCCUAGCUGACGGGCGGGAAUGGAUCCUCAAAACCCCGUCGCCUAGUCUGGCGGAUAUUGAGGCCGUGUGGCCGCUGCACUGGAUGGCUGGUAUCCCGAGUGCGUUGCCCAAGGAGAAGUUUGGGCCGGAGGUGUAUCCGCUGGUGUAUGCGUGGAUUCAGCGCUUCGACGAGGCGGUUUCGCGGGCGAAGAAGGCGCUUGGCAAGCCGAAGACGUUGACGGGCGAGGAGGCCGAGAGUGUGAUUUUGGAGAGCAAGUAUAAUGAGGGGGAGGGCGGGGUUGACGAGGGGGAUUUUGAGGUUGUCAAGACGGGGUUGAGGAAGGGGGAUGAGAUUACGGUUGGGCCGACGGAUUUUGGGGCCGUGAGGAGGGAUGUGGGGAGGUUGGUUGCGUUGACGGCGGAGGAGGUUGUUUAUGAGACGAGGGGGGAGAAGGGGGCUGUGAGGGUUCAUGCGCCGAGGCAUGGGUUUAGGAUUCGGAAGGGGAGGGAGGAGAGGCUUUGA